AGUUGCACUGAGGUCGUCCUCGCCCUCGACACCUCCAACUCCUCCACGAUUCCCGAUAUUAUUCCGAGUGAGAAUAAAAUAUCACAAACUCCAAAAUGGACUCUACCGAACUGAUAAUUCCGCACAUCGAUAAAAUCCCUUUUUACUGACGCGAGUGACGUUUUAUUUAGCAAUAAUAAUCGUAGACAAUUGGAGGGAGAGAUGUUUCGACUGAGACGUGCUCAGAUGAAAGCCCCUUCAACGAGACAUUUCCACGUACAAAAAGAAGGGUUAACACACUGAAUGGACCGUUCAUUUGUCAACUUUGUGUAUCACUAAUCUCGUGUCAAAGGAGUGACAAGAGACAGGGGAGAAUUACCCUCACAGACGCUGUUGAGAGGGAUUUUGAGCUCAUGAGGAGGACAAUGAGUGGUAAAAUAAGUGCAAUGAGUGCUCAGGGCUCAUCGGAAAAUGGAACUGAUCAGGAGUGUGGCUGGCAGGAGUGUGCAAGCUGGUUAACUAGAUGUGGUGCAUUGCGCGCUGAUCACAAGGCUAAUUGGCCAACUGCAACAGCCUUCGAUCUUGCCUACACCCUCAGAGAUGGGGUUUUACUCUGCAAUUUGUUGAAUCUCGUUGAUCCUGGCUGCAUUGACAUCAAGGAUGUCAGCCAAAAGCCACAGCUCGCCCAGUUCUUGUGUCUGAGAAAUAUCAAGUUAUUUCUCUCUGUUUGCUCCUCUACUUUUGGACUCUCUGACUCGGAUCUGUUUGAGGCCUCUGUUCUCUUCGAUCUUUCGAAUUUUCAUCAGGUCCUCUGCACACUCUCUGCAUUAUCUUAUUCGUCCAGGUUCAGGCGCAAGGGGAUCCCGGGAUUUUCCGUUGGCACCGAGAGAUCUCAAGAGGAUGCCUACAAGGACCUCCAGAGCGCCGGAAUCGGACGAGAGAACGAGGGCCGUCGAAGAAGGCUACGCAGGAGAGAUGGGGAAGAGGCAGGUUGUGGAAUGGGAGUGGACAGCGACGAUGCUGUCAACGAGGAGGACGGUUACGGGGUUUUUUGCAGUCAUGCACAGAGUGAGGAAAUCUACCAGGAUUUGUGUAGUCUGCACUUGCCACCUCCCCCAUCUUCUGUGCAGGGUGGGACAAUUUCCGGUGGGGAAAAGCGAGAUUACGUGAUACAGGAGUUGGUGGAGACCGAGAAAAACUACUCCGAGGUAUUGAACAGUCUGAUCCGGCACUUCCAAAGGCCCCUGCUCUCGCUACUACGCUCUGAGGACGCCUCGAGAAUAUUCUUCGGUAUAAAAGACCUCGCUGAGAUCCACGGGGGUGUCCACUGUCAAUUGCGAAAGGCCAGGGAUGGUGCAGCCAUUGCCCAAGUCUUCCUAGACUGGCGGGAAAAAUUUCUCAUCUACGGGGACUACUGUGCCAAUCUGACAUUAGCUCAGAACACACUCCAGGAAGCCUGUGCUAAAAAUGAACUGGUGAAUCAGGAGGUGAUUAAAUGCCAACAGGAAGCCAAUAAUGGCAAGUUUAAACUACGUGACAUUCUCUCGGUUCCGAUGCAGAGGGUUCUCAAGUACCAUCUGCUGCUGGAUAAAUUAGUCGAGGAGACACCCAAGGAGUGGACUGACGAUCUUCGACAACUGGGAAAGGCCAGGGAGGUCAUGGUCGAUGUUGCUCAAUAUAUUAAUGAAGUUAAGAGGGAUUCCGAUACUUUAGAUAUUAUUAGGGAUAUACAGGCCUCUAUUGUCGAUUGGGAGGUCGCUGAGGACACGCAGCUGAAGGAUUUUGGCCGUUUACUUAGGGAUGGAGAAUUAAAAGUAAAAGCACAUGGAGAUCAACGAGUGAAAGCUCGUUACGCCUUCGUCUUCGAGCAAGCAGUCCUCGUGUGCAAGGCUGGAAGAGGUGACCAGUACUGUUACCGCGAGACCCUGAGACUAGACGACUAUCGAGUGGAGGAUUACACCGGGCGGAGGACUCUGGGGAGAGACUCACGAUGGUCUUACCAGUGGCUACUUGUUCACAAACAGGCUUAUACCGCUUACACUUUGUACGCGAGGACUGAGGAGCAGAAGCAGAUGUGGAUAAAGGCUCUCCAGGACGCCAUCGACAACGUCAGUCCAGCUGCUUGUCGUCAGACUAAUCACAAAUUUCGACUGACCACAUUUGAAACUGCGAGGAGCUGCCAGAGGUGUGGGAAGUUCCUCAAGGGCCGAAUUUUCCAGGGCUAUUGUUGCGAGGUUUGUCGACUUGCUGUUCACAAACAAUGCAUUUCCUACGCUGGACGUUGCAUGCCUGUUCCACCACCACCUCCACCACCGCCACCACUUCCCUGUGAGCGUGCACUAUCCGCUAAAUUAUGGUUUGUCGGGGAAUUGGGGAGGGAUCGUGCUGCCCAUAAAUUGGAGGCACGAGAGGAUGGAACUUACAUGCUGAGGGUGCGACCAACAGGACUACCGAGAUUAAAACACGAAACCAAUUAUGCACUCAGUAUCAAGGCUGAUGGCGCAGUAAAACACAUAAGAGUAUUCAAACGUGACGUUGACGGUGCUGACUUGUAUUACUUGAGUGAAUCACGUUUCUUCAAGAGUGUGGUUGAAUUAGUUGAAUAUUACGAGCGUGCGUCACUCUCCGAGAACUUCGAGAAGCUUGAUCAGCGUCUGCUGUGGCCCUUCAGGCGGGUGCUAGCCAAGGCGCUCUUCGAUUUUCGUCCUAUCGAGCGCAAUCAGUUGAAUCUACGGCGAGGAUGUCGAGUCGUUGUUCUCAGCAAAGAAGGGGACGCAAGGGGUUGGUGGAAGGGAAAAAUUGGUGAUCAAGUUGGAUUUUUCCCCAAAGAAUACGUGGAGGAGGAGUAAAAAGCAAUUACCAUCGUCUCUAGUAUAUGAAAAAUUAUUUUUUAAUUUUAAGAACAUCUGGGAUGUACAGGGGGUACAACAACAACUCCUUAAUCAGGAGAGAUUUUAAUUUAAAGCGUUUUAUUGCGGUGUAAAAUUUUUAAUCAACUAAAUUGUUUUAGACGAGAUUCAAGGCCUCUGAGGUGAUUCUGGAGACGUAGUCUCUGGAUUUUUUUUUAUGUUUUUAGAGAUUUUUUAUAUUUUUAAAUGAGUUAUUGAUGAUGUCGUUUUGUUUUUCCUGUACAUCCUCAAUAAUAAAACGUAUAUAAUGUGUCAAA